UAAGUAUAUUUUUUUGUUACGAAUUCCAUUUUUAUGUAGAGAAAAAUGAAGGACUUGUCGAUGUUUCUCCUCAAGAAUUCCUUCGGCGCAAAGAUGAUAAAGAAAGGAUUCAAAAACUUUUGCAACAAUGAAAGUUCCACCUCGACACUCAACCAACAGAUCAAAAGCGGCGGCGGCGGUGGUGCCGAUCCCGGCGGCUCCUCCACGUGCACGACCGUGGAAAGGCCGGUGUUCAACUCCCCGGUCGGAGAAACCCGGCCGGGGCCAGCGACAUUGGAGGAGAUGAUCGCGCAAAUCGAGAUGGAAGAAAAGAUGAUGUCAUCGGCGGCAGCGCGGAAAGGUCGCCGGAGCUCCGGCGGGAUCGAGCGCCACCGGAUGUCGUGCGUGAACAGCUCCGACAUCCUCCGGACGGCGAGGAAUGCCCUGAAUCAGUACCCUCGAUUUUCCCUCGACGGCAAGGACGCGAUGUACCGGUCGUCAUUCGCUGCGCCGAUGCGGGGUGGCCGGGAAUACGACGACGACGGCAAGGCGGCAGCGGGGGGCCAGGGGCUUCCGGACGUGGUGGGGGGCGAGAGCGUCGUGUGGUGCAAGCCGGGGGUCGUUGGGAAAUUGAUGGGGCUCGACGCGAUCCCGGUGCCGUUGAAUUGCCGGUACCGGAGGGAGAGGCUUAGCGCGAUUAUACGGCGGCGGAAUUUACGGAAGAGAGGCGAGAGGAGCGAAAUCGAGAGGCGUCGGGCCGUCGGAUUGAAAAAUGCAGGAGUCGGGUCGUGCUCGAGGACCGGGUAUUGUUUUGUGAACCCGAUGGAUAUGGACGUCGGCUUGAGAAGAUAGACGGCCGGAGAGACGGCUCCGGUCGCCGGAGCGGCAAAUGGACGCCGGUUUCCGGCGGUUUAGGACUUCGAAUUUAUCUGAGCUGAAGUAGAGUCGAAAAAAAAGGGUUUAAGACAUUAGACUUUGUUGGCUUUGUUAUUUUCUUAACUAUUAAAUUUGUAUGAUUAUUUUUUAAAAAAAAUAUACUUUAUUUUCGUUGGUCUUCAAAAGUUACAUUGUA